AUGGCCACCAUAACGGCCUCACCACCUACCAUGUCACCGCCGCUCGCUGCGACAAACACAACAACAUCCUCAUUACCUCCCUUAAUCACAGGCACCCCCACUCCUCGGAGGACAAGCUCACAGAGACCAACCUCCUAUGCCGAACGUCGCAUGUCAUCCUAUUCCACAGCUUCAAGAGGCUCUCAACCUAAUCAUCAAUCGCGACCCGUCUCCCACGUCUUCCCUGCCUUUCACUCGAGUCUCCCUUACACGUUAGUGAGAGACUUUGCCUACUUAACAACCCAUCCCUUACAUUAUGGCCCGCCUCCUAUACCAUCAGGCCUGUCUACUCCAGCCAGCGAAACCAGGAGGCUGUCCGAUCCGGCCGUCUCGACUUGGGAAGAUGGAAGAGGACAGUGGUCGGCAACACCGCCCUGGAUAUCAGAAGUUAGCCAGUCCUUAACUCAACGCGAUCGCUUACCGGCCAUGACAUUCAAUGAUGGUGGUCCGCCUUACAGCGAGGACGAUGAUAUUCAAUCACCGAUUGUCACCACCAGUCGACAUAAAAAGCACAAGUCUAAUGAGAGAGGGCGGUCACCCGGAGCAGCAGGUCCCAACCCUGGUAUUCUCGUUGGGGCUGCAGGCCAUCAAGAUGAAAUGAAUGGACCUGGCGAAGCCGUGGAGACCUAUGAGAAUCACAAUCUGCGGUUUCCUCGACAACCUCAACACCGGGACUCGAACUUUGCCAAACCUCUACAGAGAAAUGCGUCACCAGUCAUCACCACUGAAGAACCCAUGUCAGAAGAUGACGGUUCAGAAGUCGGUGAUGAUGCGCGCUUCUCCAAGGAUUAUUCCUUUACAAUCGCAAGUCCGGACGAAGAGAUGCACGGGAAAGCCGUCGCACUGUUCGAUUUCGAAAGCGAGCAUCAAAACGAAUUGGCGCUGAAAGAAGGACAGAUAAUUUUAGUGUCUUAUCGACAUGGCCAAGGCUGGUUGGUAGCAGAAGACCCAAGAACUGGAGAGAGUGGGCUUGUACCAGAAGAAUUUGUCCGACUGGUUAGAGACAUUGAGGGUGGCCUCCACGGACUCAACUCUGUUACUCUGGACAAUGACAGCAAUGCAGAUAGCAUCGCCAGUCCGAUAUCUGCCGAACCUAGCUCCAUGACCACGCCGACUGCCAACAAUCACGAAUUUCCACAUCAUGCGUUCAAGCCUAGCACUGGGAGUAUCCCAGGUGAAAAGCACCCACCUGUACAGUCCAAAUUCAGCACCAGCAGUCGAGAUUUCAGUCCGUAUCCCCUGCCUGGUAAGGGAGAUGAUAAUAACGCUACGACACCCACGGCUGCUGGUCCGACUGAAAAUCCAAGUUGA